ACACAUCCACCUUGCAUGGCCCAUCAAUUAUUUAUUUCAUGCACAAACAAAACCUUACACUUAUGUACUUAUAUACAUCUCACUCUAUAUAUAUAUGUAACAAUCUUUCUUUCUAAGCUCAUAACAAAUCCAAAUUCCAACAUUAUCAGUACAUAUAAAUUAAAAUUAUCCAUACCCAGUAAAAAUGGGUGAAGGAAAAGAAAUAUACUCGGCCCCUCUAACACCAAGAUCAGGCACAAUAACUCCAAGGUCAGGCACCAUGACUCCUCCAAACCCGAGGACACCACCCCUUACCGCCCCACCGUCUCAGUUUCAUUCUCCAUCACUUUCCCGGUCGCCGCUCCUUUCAUUCAACGAGAGCGGCGAGGCAGGGGUUAGUGUUGGUGGUAAUAAUGGGGCAACUAAGGCGGCGGUGUCCAAAGGGUCGAGGCCGAAGACUCCGCUUCAGUUUAUGAGCCCAUUGGCUAGCCCACUUAGGAGAGCCAUAACUCCAAUAGCUAGUCCAUUAAGGAGGGCAAUCACACCAAUAGCUAGCCCAAUUAGGAAAGCUUUAAGUAUGACUAAGUUAGAUCCUCAAGAUGCUUGGCUUCCUAUUACGGAAUCUAGGAAUGGGAAUGCGUUUUAUGCUGCUUUUCAUACUCUUUGUUCUGGGAUUGGGAUUCAGGCUCUUGUUCUUCCUGUUGCUUUUACUAUCUUGGGUUGGACAUGGGGAAUCAUUUGCUUAACAUUAACCUUCAUAUGGCAACUCUACACUCUCUAUCUACUAGUCCAACUCCAUGAAUCAACUGAAACCGGUCUUCGUUACAGUCGAUACUUCACUCUUUGUAUAGCAGCCUUUGGUGAGAAAGCAGGGAAACUAAUGGCAAUGUUUCCAUACAUGUACUUAUCAGCUGGCACGUGUACGCUUCUGAUUAGUAUAGCGGGGUCAACAUGCAAAAUCUUAUUCCAAAUUGCAUGUGGUCGCGAUUGUACGUCUAAGCCUUUAACUUUGACGGAGUGGUACUUAGUUUUCACUUGUGCCGCCUUAAUACUAUCUCAAUUACCCAACAUGAACUCCAUUGCUGGUGUUUCCUUGGUCGGGGCUGUUACCGCAGUUGCUUAUGUCACCAUUAUUUGGGUUAUUUCCGUAGCUAAGCACACUUUACCUGCAGUGUCUUAUGAACCUGUUCGAUAUUCAUCCGACCUUAAAAACAUAUUUAGUGUCCUUAAUGCUCUCGGGAUCAUUGCCUUUGCUUUUAGAGGUCACAAUCUCAUACUUGAAAUUCAGGCAACAAUGCCUUCAAGCGAGAAACACCCUUCAAGAGUGCCCAUGUGGAAGGGUACCCAAGUUGCCUACGUUCUGAUCGCAAUGUGUUUGUACCCUCUUGCAAUUGGUGGCUAUUGGGCUUAUGGAAAUUCGAUACCACAAGAUGGAGGAGGCAUGCUAACAGCUUUGUACAAAUUUCACGGACAUGACACAUCCCAAUUCAUCCUUGGCCUAACAGCCUUAUUCGUAAUAAUUAACGCUCUAAGUUCAUUUCAAAUCUAUGGCAUGCCCAUGUUCGAUGACCUUGAGUCAAAAUACACAAUUAGGAAAAAGAGACCAUGCCCAUGGUGGCUACGAGCUUCAUUCCGAGCUUUAUGUGGGUUCAUAUGCUUUUUCUUUGCGGUUGCAUUCCCUUUUAUCGCGAGCUUUGCUGGCCUGAUCGGAGGGAUAGCCUUACCCAUAACCUUAGCUUACCCUUGCUUCAUUUGGGUUGUUAUGAAAAAGCCUAAGGUUUAUAGUCCAAUGUGGUGCCUAAAUUGGGGAUUAGGAAUCUUAGGGAUGAUCCUUAGUGCUUUGAUGAUUGCUGCUGGCAUUUAUGUUGUGAUUGCUAAUGGGGUGGAAUUUCACUUUUUUAAGCCUCAAUAAUUAGAAGAAAUUAAAAAAGAUUAGGCAUGAUUAAUUAAUAUGCUUGUCUAGAACAUGUAACAUAUACUACAUUUUCUUAGGUUUGGUUAGGUGAGGAAGGAAAGUACAAAUGUAAUAUUUGUUUGUUUAAGAUCUCUAAUUGACAUGUGAAUUAAGUAAACAAAAAUGUGUCUUUACAUAAAAAAAAAUAAAAAAUAAAUAAAUAAAUGAUAAAUAUCAUUUCAUUGAGAUGUACAAAAGCAAAGCAAUUCAAGGUUGGCAUUAGUUAAUAUACAGAUAACUAGGAUAAAAACUCGUGCAAUGCACGAAUUUUUAAAUAUGUUAAUAUUUCAAUGAAAUUUUAGAUUGCAAAUCAUAUUUUAGAUUUUUUCAAAAUUUAAAAUUAUAAUUAUGGUAGUCUAACAAUAUAAAUGACUUAUUUUAAUGAUCAAUUAAUGAAAUUUUAUGUCAUUUUAGUUUUAAAUAAUAAUUGAUGGAAAAAGGAGUUAUUAUAUAAAUUGCUGUAUAAUUUUAUACACAGUGUAAUUUUGUAGUAUAAUUUUUUGAAUUGUGUAAUUCCAAUUACAAUGGAAUAAAUAUAAUUUAUUUUGUGG